AUGUUACUAUCAAAAAUACGUGAACGGUCUUUAUGUCUUUUAAAUUCCGAAACUCUUGAUGCAACAUUUCAACCGUGGCUUACUAUAGCAGAUGCAAAAUUUCAUCCUGAUGUUUCUGCACUCUAUUGUAAUGCUAAUCUUAAUCCAAUUCAAUCGAUUCAAACGAAUUAUUUACCUUCAUUUAUUUCGUAUUUAUGGCCAUUGGUGCAUCAUGGUGGUAAUAUUUGGGCUGUAGAUCAUCCGACAACACGAGAAGCAAUGCAACUGAAAUUUGUUUUGAAAUAUGAUCUAUUCAUAUGGGAUCGUUUCUAUCAUUCAACAAAUGUUCAUCCAUCGUUUAACUCCGAUGUUGUUUAUCCGAAAGUAUUAAUUCUUGCACCGGAUUGGUUUACUUGUGAAAAUGCAUAUAAACAUUUAUCGAAUGUAAAUACAGAUGUAUUAAAAACAGUUACUAUGUGUUGUAUUUAUGAGGGACAAAAUAUUGAGAGUGAAUUAUAUAGGAAAUUAUUAACGCAAGGCUGUGAUCUACUCAUAGCCACACCGACUAUUGUUAAUGAUUUAAUACAAAAACGUUAUAUUCAUUUUGAACGACUCGAAAUGAUUGUUUACGAUCAAUUCGAUCUUCUUCUUCAAACGAUCGAACCUGUCCAUGAAAUUUUAAAUCUUAUUCAAUUGCAUACGAAUAAAAUCAGAUCUAUUCAACAUUUUUUUCUCUCUCGUAUUGUCAAUCAACAAACAAAAGAUUUUAUUUUCGAACAUUUCGCAUCGAAUAAAACUCAUUAUUAUCUUUCAUCAUCAAUGAUGGAAACACAUACAUAUAAAAACUUCUUCGUCUAUUGCGAACCAUGUCGAGACUGGGGUGAACGUAAACAUAUCAUCAAAGAAACACUAGAUUUAGCACAUCGUUGCCAUAAAAAGAUUGUCAUGUGUGCAAAUCAAACACGUCGUUUAGCAACAAUGCACAGUAUUCUCAAUGAUCUAUCGAUUCAAUCAAUAUUAAUUCAUCCGCAACUAAAUCACGAUGAAAUUCAGCAGUAUAUACAUGAAUGGCAAACAAUAAAUGAUCGUCCAUUUAUAUUAUUAAUACAAGACGAUGUAUUAAAUGAUGUAGCGAUUGACAACGCAGAUAUAAUUAUUCAUCUUGAUGUUCAACGUCUUAUCUGGUAUCAAUUAUACAAUCAACGUAUGAAAUUAAUCUAUAAACAUCUAUUAGACGAUAGUCUUUCUAAUAAAAUAAGAAAAACUGAAUUAACAUCAUUAAAAUUAUUCGAAAAAUUCUACCAAUAUAAUCCAUCAGCAAAUAUACCAUUGGUAGUUAUAUUAUGGCCAGGUGAUUGUGCACAAGUAACCUAUGAUUUAGUAGAUUACAUAACUAAUUCCAAUUCUUAUCUGCAUCCACUGAUUGAACGUUUAGCAAAAAAUAAUUGCUAUGAAUCUUUACAAGCAAAAAUGAGUGUUGCAUUUUGUCCAACGUUGAAAACGUUUGGUCGAUGUUUAAAUGAAAAGACUUUAAAACGUUGUCCAUAUAGACAUCAUUUUCAUUAUGAUGUUGAUUAUAUUGAACAAAUAGCUGAAAAUAAAAAUGAAAAUCUUCUAUCAGAUUCGUAUGAAUUAUGUUUACCGAAUGCAGGUGAAAUUGAAUUACGCAUAACACAUGUUAGCGAUGGAAAUCGCCUAUGGGCGAAUAUAUUACGUUCAAGAAAUGAUGUUAAUCAAACAUUAAAUAAAAUAUUUGAUUAUGAUUUAUUUUAUAAACAAAUUGAAGAUGCUUUUAAUCGUGUCAAAAAUCGGCCAUUAAGUGAAAUUGUGCCAGGUGAAAUUUAUUUUUACAUUGAUGAUCAUCAUAAAAUACAUCGAGUUUAUGUAUACGAACAAGAACAAACAUAUUUUGAUAUAAGAAGAUGUGAUUCGAUUUUAAAUCGACUUUUAAAAGUGUCAAAUACUGGUACGACGAUUGAGAAAGAUCAAGAUACAAAUCAACAAUCACUCAGCUUGAAUGAACAAAAUUCAUCGUUUACUGCCGUCGAUCAUCCUACAUUAGUUGUAUUUAGUCUUGAUACUGGCAUAACAUUUACAUUGAAACCUAAUGAACACCUCUAUUCUAUUGAACCAUCAUCAUUGAAACAGUAUCCUCCACUAGCAACAGAAAUUAUCCUAUGUAAUAUUUAUCCAUUAGAUAAAAUAACUAUGACAUUUACACCGUUUACAAUUGAAACAGUUCGUUCAUUAACAUUAAAUGAAGUAUUUAUGGGACGAAUUAAAUUAGCCACUCGUUCAUGUUUUUGGAUAGAUCCACUUGUUAAACCAGUACGUUUAACUGCACUUAAACGUAUUGCAUAUGAUAAACCAAUACGAAAACAAUUGAUGUUAUCGAAACUUGUUCAAUCGAAUGAUGAUCAUUUGACUUUACUUGAACGUAUAGCUGUCGAAGCUAACAUUUGUGAAGCACGAGUACCACCGAUUCAAGAAGAAAACAUCGAGCCAACAAAAUCCAACGAACAAGAACUAGCAAAAGAAGAUACAAUUCAAGAUUUUACACCUGAAUUCAAACCAUUUCUUAAUCGUAUUGGACAACUUAUUAUUAAUCCUGUUGGUCGAUCAAAAGAAUUUUUCAUUAAACAUAAUCAACCAUUACCAAAUUCAGAUUUUCUAAAACAAGUCUCUUCAGAAAACAUUGAAAAAUCAACUCAAGAAUCUUCAUCAUCCAAUGAUAAACAAUUUUCCGUUGAAAACAAGAUUCAAAUCGAUCGAUGUAUUCCACUUGGCCGUGGACAUCAAAUUCAUACAAAACCAUCAUCAUUACUCGACAACAUUCUUCAUCGGCCGCAAUCGAUUCCUUUAGUAAAUCCUGCUAAUUUUCAACAAUCACCGAUCGAUUCAACCAAAACAACUCGAUCUGAAAUUGGACCAAGUAAAAUGAUACAAAAAAUUGAGAAAAAAAAUCAACAAAUUGAAGAUCAAGAAGAAAAUGAAGUAUAUGAGGAUACUGUUGAUACAACAUCACAUACAGAGGCAGCAGUUCUACCUACUACCAAAUCAUCAGAAUCUAAACAAAAACUAGCUGAUGAUAAUGAUAAUAAUAAUGAUGAUGAUGAUCAGAUGAUGUUUAUAUUUGGUCCAAAGUUAUUUUCUCAACUUCGACAAAUAAAAGAUAUGGAAGAUGAACAACGUCGUCAAGGAGACUUUCGAGUUCAACGAAAUCGUAAUCGUCAUACACGUAAUAAUAAUAAUAAUAAUAAUAAUAGCAGCAGCAAUGCAAGAAUAAACAAUCAAGAGAAUCAUGAUGAUGAAAACAAUGAAGAAACUGAACAGAAACCUCAAGUACCAAACAUGAGUCGUUAUGAACCAUUCGUUGACGAACGCGGUCCAUUAACACAGGAACAGAUUGAUUAUAAACAAACGCAACGUAAAACACGUCUAUUUUGGGAGCAAACAGCUCGAGAUAUUUAUUUAACAAUCGGCUUUUAUAAUGUCGAUUCAACACAAACACGUGUUGAAUUUCAAACCAAUUUAAUUGUGUGUCGAACUAGAAUUCGUGCAUACGAUCGUUUUGUUCGAAUACAUUUAUCUCAUGAUAUUCUACCAGACAAAUGUCUAUUUCAAGUACGUCGUUCAAAUAUUUUAUUAACAAUACGUAAAGCAACUGAAGGUUUUACGUGGCCAACAUUAACAAAUCGACCUAUUGAACCCCGACCCGAUUUUUUUGUUAUCGAUUAUGGUUCUGAUGAUGAAUCCGAUACAGAAAAACGACGUCGAACUGUUAAUCAAAAAUGGGAUCAAAUACGAAAUGACAAAAGUCAAUUAAAAUCAAAUAAUGACGAUCAUAAAUUUCUGCUCGAUGAUGUUGUCGAUGAUGAUGAUCAACAACAACCAACAGAUAAAUUAAAUAAAAUUGAAAAAGAUAAUAAUAAUGAACAAGAAUUAACUGAUACAUCUUCUGAUUGUCAUUCAACCGAUUCAGACGAUUGUUAUUAUGAAGAUCAAGUACCUGCUAAUCAUAUACCACAAGGUUAUGAUGAAGCGGAUUAUGAUCAUCGUUUUUAUGGACAACAGAUGAGAUCUUAA